AUGGGGUGGUUUAGUGGCUGGUUCCAGAAGAGUGAAUCAGAGGACUAUGAGGUGGUCCUGGCCGCACUGAAGGCUGAUAUUGAGAAACGGCGCAUCCGUCUUUCGGAGCUCCGACUUCGCGAACGGCGAACAACUUUGGCCUCGACACUUUACGCUCUGGCUGGCUGGGGCUUGUACGUUAGUCUCUGGUAUAUGGAGGUCCUCCCUCGUCCAGGAUUCAGUACGGCAACGGAUCAGCUUCUACGCGGUGCACCUGUGUUUAUUGGACCCAUCUUGGUACUUCUUGUACGUCGUUUGGUGCAACUGUGGUAUAAACGCAAAGGCGAUGCGGAAGAGAAGGCGUUGCGUGAACUAUCCAAACAGCAACACACGAAAAUCGAGGAGAUCAAGAAGAAGACGAACUACUACCAGAUGCGAGAGAUGAUGGCCAAAUACGACGAAACGCCUGGUAGUGGCGCGCCAGCAUCCCCCGCACCGCGGCAGCCUCAGCAGCCUCAACCUCAACAACCACUCCCCGCGACACCCCAGCGGCGACCGAUACCCCAACAAGUACAACAGAGGCCCAUUCAAGGCUCGCCCAAUCCGUUGCUACUCCAGACACCUCUCCGCCCGGGCCUCCAAAGCCAGUUGAUGCCAUCACCUCCACAACCUCUUCCACCUCCGCGCAAGCAGUGGUAUGACAAGCUGGCAGACGCAAUCCUCGGCGACGACGAGACAGCUGCGGCCUCCCGCUAUGCGUUGAUCUGCCAGAAAUGCUUCACGCAUAACGGACUCGUGGAGGCUAGCAGAUACGAGGAGAUGCAGUACACAUGCCCGAAGUGCGGCCACUUCAAUCCCUCUCCCCGCACCUUGAAACAAGGCGGGUCCAAGUCGCCGGUUGGCAGAUCGCCUGUCGAGAGCAGUCCCGUAUCGCCCUCACCAAGUCCAUCUAUCAGCCAAGCCAAUGGGCCCCCCGUUGCUCGCGCAGCACGCGGUCCGUCUGGCUUGCGCAAAAGCACUUCCUCGACUCCGAUCCAGGAAGAGGGCGACAGCAGCCUGAUGGACGUCGACGGCGACGACUCACCGUGA